GGUACGAGGACAGGAAGUUUUUUGCGGAGUUCCAAGCCGGCGGCACGUGUACAAUGGCAGAGUACAGUCUGAAACGCGACGGGUCUGUCAAGGUCAAAAACACCUCAUAUAGAGAAAUGUUGGGUGGUUACAACUCUAUUGUGGGACAGGCUCAGGUCUUCGACCCUCGAGAACCCGCUAAGCUGGGCGUCCGCUUCUUUCCGGGUACGCCCCUAGGAAACUACUGGGUGUUGGAGACGGAUUAUUACCAGUACUCCGUGGUCUGGUCAUGCAGGCAGCUGGAUCGCUUCUUCAAUAGCCAAAACUGCUGGAUCCUCAAAAGACGUCCCGGGCCCCUUCCGGCCCCUGUUCUUAAACGGAUCUACUCCAUGCUAAAUUUCUAUGGAAUCAACCCGGACUUCUUUAUCGUCAGUGAUCAGACCCGCUGUCCAGGCCGCUACUAGCCUCAAAUGUUCUGCAGUGUGUCUGCUGAAUAAACUUAGUAGCGCUGUGCUGUCUUGGUGUUAUUUGGAAUUCUAUUAUACUAACUGAAGUGUGAUGAUGAUAGUCGAUUGCCCACUUUUGAUGCAGUACUUGUUAGAACACGAUCUUCUUACAAAAGUUCAAAAGUCCAGUCUACAAUAAGAGAAACAGUUAGACAGUUGUCGAACAAGCUAUUUUAAAGAUUGUUUCGUGGUUCUUUUCUUUUUACUGCGCAUGAGUAUUUACCACGUGCCAAACAACAACGCCAAUUUUACUGUAUGGAACGGUAUUUAAGUUAAUAUAGGUAUCAUGUA